AUGGACGUGAUCACGGCUCAAAACUUCAGAGAAGAUUCAAAUGGUCCUUCUAAAAUCAAGAGAAGAAAGAGAAUCUCAUUAACUUGUACCACUUGUAAACAAAGAAAAGUGAAAUGUGAUCAAGGGAAACCUUGUAGUUCAUGUGUUAAAAAAAGAAUUCCUGCCCAUUUAUGUAUAUAUGAAGAUUCUCCAUUCAUACCAACAACUUCAGAUUCAACAAAUCCAACUGAAACAAUUGUAUUGUUGAAAGAUGAAAAUAAAAAAUUACAAGAACAAUUAGAUGAAUUGAAAAAAUGGAAAGAAAUCGUUUCUGGUGAUCCAAUGCCAAUGAAUUCAAAUGCAAAAGUUAAUCUUUAUCAUAGUGUUCAUGUUAAAAGAAAUAAAACUAUAUAUUUCGGUCCAACAAGUUGGAGAACUUUAUUAGAUAAAGAAAAUAAUUUUGCUGAUUUAAUAAAAUCUGCUAAAAAUUAUGUUUCAAAUGUUAAAAAAGAAUGGAAAGUGGAAAAUAAUAUUGAUCAUAUACCUUUUGAAGAAUAUAAAGAUGUUAAUGUUGAUUCUUCACAAAAAUUAUUAACAAAUUUAGAAUCUUUUUUACCAAAUUAUGAAAUUGUUAGAGAAUAUCUAAAACUAUAUGCUGAAGGUUAUUGGAAUCAUAAAUUACCAAUUGUUGAUCCUGAAGUUUUAUUAAUAGAUUUUAAUCAAUUAUUUAUAAGAAAUGGUACAAGAUUCCAUAUUAAAGUUUAUAACAAAAGUAUUGAUUAUGCUAAAAUUGCAUUGAUUGUAAUUAUUGUUAAAUUUGUUGUUACAAAUAUUAAUUCAUAUGAUAAAAAUUCAAAUAAUGAUCCAAGAGAUCAUUUAUUACGUUAUACUGAAAAAUUAUUAGAAUUAUCAAAAUACAUGUCAAAAUCAACAGUACCUGCUUUACAAACAUUAAUUAUAAUGAGAAAUUUUAGAAAAAUGAAUCCAAUUGAUGGUGAUGGUGGUGAUUCAAGUGAAGGUGCUUUAUUACAUAGAACUGCUAUAAAUAUGGCAAUAUUAUUAGGUUUAAAUAAAGAUGUUGAUUCCUUAUAUUCAAGAUCUUCAAUAAUUACAAGAAAUGUUUUAAGAAAUAUUUGGGAACAUUUAUUAUUUCAAGAUGCUGUAUUAUCAUUCCAUCUGGGGAUCCCUUUAGCUAUUGAUGAAAAUUAUAUUGAUCCUUCUUAUUUACAGAAAAAUGGAACUUUAUUAUUUAUUGGUGGUAUUUUAAGAGAUGCAAUGAAAUUAUUAACAAAAUCAAGUCAAUGUGAUCAAUAUGAAAUUCUUCAAUUAAUUGAAAAAUUAGAAACUUAUAAUGGAGGUGUAUUAUUAACUUUAUCAAAAGAUAUUAAAGAAUUUUCUAAUGCUGAUUAUAUCUUGAAAGAUUAUGAUAAUAUGGGUGAAAUUGAAUUAAAAUUAUUUGGUAUUUAUAUAUUACAUGUUCUUUAUGAUGUUUUAUAUCGUGGUGUUGAUAAAUCAGAUCCAAAUGUUGAUAUUUAUUAUAAUGGUACUAUGAAAUAUGGUUCUUUAUGUGUUACACAUUUCAUUGAAGUUUUGGCAAGAUUAAAUAGAUUUUGUGUGGAAAAUAGAUCAAAUCCUGCUAAAUUAUUUAAAAUUGUGGAAAUUUGUUUAUCAGUUGUUGGUGCUUCAAAAUUUGUAUUUAUCAAGAUUUUUUGUGCAAUUUGUACAUUUGAAGUUACAAAAUUAUUUGAAAAUGAAAUUAAUUCUUCGUCAUCAACUUCAAAUUCACCUUUAAGAGAUUUAAAUUUUAAUUUAAGUGUUACGGAUUUUGAAAUGUUAAAUCCUCAUGAUAAUUCACAAUAUUUAAAUAGAUCUUUUAGAUCACCAGCCUUUUUACAUGGUUUAAUGACAUUAGCAUGUAAAUAUAUGAUGAAAAUGAAAAAUGAUUCUUUUGAAAAAGUUUUCAAUUUAAAUUUUUGUUUAUUUGUUGUUUUAGCAUUAUUUAAAUAUUUUGAAAAAUUUAUUGAAAGAAAAUUAGCAAGAGAAAAACAUUCUAGUGCAAUAAAUAGAGUUCAAGCAAAUGUUAUUUAUAGUCCUGCUUGUUUAAAUGUUCAAUCUUCAAGUCCAUUUAGUGAAUCUUCUGGUUCAAAUAUUUCCACAGCUCCAUCAAUCCCAUUAGAUAGUAAACAAUUCCCAUCACCAAAUACAUUAGAUUCUAUAAAUCCAUAUAAUAAAGCUGAAUCAACAACAGGACAAAGUGCUAAUACACCAAAUUCAAAUUAUUCAGUAACAUCUUCAUCAAAUACAGUUUAUAAUCCAAAUAGUGAAUUGGUCGGUAAUGAUUUAAUUGAUGAAUUAUUUAAAAAUGUAUUUACUGAUGAUAAUUUAUUUAGUUCACAAUUGGAUACAAAUUUAAAUAAUUGGGAUUUCAAUGAUUUUAUGUCAACAGGGUAUGGUAUGUUUUAUGAAGAUAAACCAACUACAAAUCAACAUCAACAAUAA